AUGAGUGUGGAAGAGAGUAUAAAAGAACCUCCCAUCUACCAUCUGGCUCUGUUACACAACCCUUCAUCACCUGCUUCUCCCACACUAUCUGGCUCUCUCAAACCACCUGGCUCUCACAAACCACCUGGCUCUCUCAAACCACCUGGCUCUCACAAACCACCUGGCUCUCACAAACCACCUGGCUCUCACAAACCACCUGGCUCUCACAAACCACUUGGCUCUCACAAACCACCUGGCUCUUACAAACCACCUGGCUCUCACAAACCACCUGGCUCUUACAAACCAUCUGGCUCUCACACACCACUGCUCACCACCUAG